UGAGUUCAAAAUCAAUUGAAACGUUUUGUUUGUUUGAAGUGAAGAAAAAAAAAAUCCAAUCAUUCAGUCAUUCAUUUGAUCUAAUAGUUAGUAUUCAUGUGUUUACUGUCUGUCUGUUUGUUGUCUUCAGUAGUAUAACCAUUGAAUUGUGUCCAUCAAGUGUUGGGUUGUUUUCCUCUCUCUCUCUCUCUCUCAAGAAUAUGGAUGAGUUGACACCGCAAGUGGAUGUCAACGAUCUAUUGAAUGGUACGAAAUGUAAUGCCGACGAAGUGACCAGAAAUCUGUUCAAAGAUCAUAAGCCGUCGAUUGUUUUCAGUGAAGAUCAACAGCCGAUGUCGAUGACGAAGAAUGAAACGCUGAAGACUUAUCUGAGGAUACGAUCGGUUAGUGAAUUUGGUGUCCAUAAGCGCAACGAAUACUAUAAAGUGGUCGACAAUUGUAAACUAGAAGUUUGUCCGCCGGCGGGCAGUAAUGCCAGCAAAUUUGGUGUCGAAACCGAACGAAAACGGUUUACAUUUUCGCACGUUUUCGAUGAAAGUGAUAACCAAAUGAUUGUUUACGAGGCGUUUGCGUUGCCGAUUGUCCAGCGAUUUCUUGGCGGACAAAAUAGUCUGCUGUUUGCCUACGGUAUCACAUCGAGUGGGAAAUCCUAUACAAUGCGCGGAUCGACAACCAAUCCGGGAGUGAUUCCCCGGGCAUUGAACAGUAUAUUUGAAGUUAUUGGCAAUAAAAUUGAUAGACAAGUACCCAGUCUUAAGCCGCAAACGUUUGGCGAAUGUCAGUGUCUAACGGAAACCGAUCGACAAAUGGAAGAACGUAUUCGUCAGUUUGUCUUUGAAAAUAGUGACAAAAGUUUUGAAGGAUAUAUGAAUUCGUUUCGGUCGCAGAUAUCGGUAAUCAAUAGUACAUCAGCUACUAAUGGUAGCAGUCAUUCACAAUCAUCUUCGAUGGUAUGGAACGAUGUCUUACAUUCGACAUUCAGAAACAAUAGCUCAACAGGAAUCAGGUGUUCGGUUUGGAUUACAUUCUACGAGAUCUACAACGAAAACAUCAAAGACUUGUUGGCCAUUGAUGUCGAAGACGAACGUAAACCGAAGAUUAUGCUCAUUAGAGACAGGAAUGAAAACUAUUAUAUAUCGGGUUUGCGUCAGAUAUGUGUCGGCAGUGCUGAAGAAGCGUACAAAGUCUUGCUUUUCGGUCAAAACAAUUUACACAUUUCAUCGACUAAUCUGAAUAAGACAUCCAGUCGUUCGCACUGUGCGUUCAGUAUAUCAUUGAUAACUAAUUAUCGUAAUCCUAUCGACCAGAAGAUUGCUUUCAAUCUGAAUCAUCUAUCGAUUUGCGACUUAGCCGGCGCUGAACGAAGCAAAAAGGCCAACAAUGCCGGCGAUCGGAUCCGCGAGGCCGGCAAUAUCAACGGUUCGCUGCUGUCACUGAGUCGGGUCAUCAGCGGUAUCCGACACAAUCAAAAAUAUGAAAACGAUCCGUCUAUGAAAAAACGUUUUGUCAACUUUCGCGACUCUAAACUGACAAAAGUCUUUCAGCCGUAUCUGAGUGGUAGCGGAACCGCUGCAAUGAUUGCCAAUUUGAAUCCGUCGCCCGAUCUGUUCGACGAAACACUGUUUGCACUGAAGUUUACUGGAGUUGCCUCACAGCUAGUGGUCACUCGCGAAGAUGAACAAAACAAACUACAGGAUUCACUUAAACGAUUGACACAGAUUUGGAUGCAAUCGUCGGAACAGUGGUCAAAGUUUGCACACUUGAGACCAACUAAGCCAUCGAUUUCGAUGAUUCAAUCGAUUAAAGAAGAAGAUGAAGACGAUGAGGACAGUGACGAUGAUCUCAAUACAACCAUUCAGGAGCUGACCCAAAGAGCUCAAGAUAUUAGUCAACUGAAUCUGAAUGCAGAAGAGAUAGAAACUCUUCGAUUGAAAGUCGAAGAACUAACUGAUAAGCUAAGGACAGCUGAGAUAAAUAAUAUGGAUUUUGAGAUUGAAGUUCGGCGUCAAGUGGUUAACGAUUAUAACGAUUUGAUUACUGAAAUGGAAGAAAUUGCCGACGAAAAGGAUAAAUCCAAGAAACGAUUGGAACAGAUGAUGACUCAGCGUUUGUUGAGUGCCGAAGAGUUACACAAAAAAGAAAGACUAGAACUCCAGAGCCGAUUGACUGGAAUGGAGACAAAAUUAUUUGAAUUGAAUGAAGAGAUUUGCCGGCAAAAGGAAGAGAAAGAUAAGGCACUGACAGAAGUGGAACUAAUUAAUCGAGUUUUGGCCGAAAAAGAGACGAUUAUCAAGAACUUGGAAUCAUUGCGUUCACAGCAACAACUCGAGUCGAUUAUCACCACCGAUGACAACAUAAACAAUAACAACAACAACAAUGAAAAGCACUUUAAAGAUAUGAAUACAUCUACUAUGGAUGUUGUUGUCGUUGAAACAACUGAUUCAUCCACUGCUGCACUAAACAUAUCGAUGAUAGACAAAGCCGUCGAAACAUCGAUAAUCAAAUCAAACGAUUGCGAAACAUCUGUGACCGAUAUGGAAGUGGAGUCAACAACAACAGGUGUCGUUGAAAUGUCCGAUAAGUCGACCAGUUUUUCUCAGAUUAAUUUCAGUUGCGAUAAAUCAGUUUCAUGUGAUACCCAAUGUCCCGGUUGUGAGGUCAUCAACAACAACAACACUGAUAUCAUUGAAAAGUUAGAUAAAUGUGUGUCGACAUCGCCAUCAACAACAACAACUGAUGUUUGCACUUCACCUAAACAACUGAUGACCACUACUACUACUUCUACAUCACCUAAAGUUUUGACGCCAAUGAUUACCACUUCAACAUCUCCUAACAAGAAUUUCGCUGAUAAUUAUGUCAAUAGAUUAGAAUAUCAACAAUUGAUUGAUAAGCUUUCAUCAAAUGAUAAUGAAAUCGUCAGAUUUAGACAGUUGUUGACCGAAAAAGAGAUUAUAAUCGAUAUGAAUCGUAAGAUUACUUGCGAAAGGGAUCAAACUAUCAGCCAAUUGAAAGAAGAGAUGAGUCGACUGCAGGAUAAGCUCCGAACUGCCGGUGACUAUAACUUUGAAGCCCUAUUCAAGAACAAUGUUAAGCCGACAUCGAAGUCGUUGUCUUCGAACAACUCAUCAUCAGUUGCCUCAUCAACAACAACAAUGUCGACCAAAUUAGAGGAUACGAUGUCUAGUGUUGUUGACACUAAUGGUGACAUUACUACAACAACAUCGACAACAACUGGUAAAUCGAAAAAGUCGGCCAAAUAUUCCUCGAGAAAACCUAAACCAAACUUAAACACAUCCAUUGAGAAACGUUAUCUGUCAGCGAUGGACACAUCAAUGGAUAAAACCAUUGAAGCCGUCCAGUCAUCUCAAUCAUCGCAGCGAUCGGAUACAGCUCACGAUGAAGUCGGCGACGCUAUCUUUUCGACGAAAAAAGUGGCAAAAAAGACAACCAAACGAAAACAACAUCAAACCAAUAGUUCGUCGACUGAAAACAAUAGGACAUCUCAAGAGUGUUUAAUAAGAGACACUAUUGAGGGCUCGCGGCGGAAGAGACCGGCCCUCAAAAGCCUGUACUCGUCGCCCAUCUCUCCCAUACCUACCGCCGAACGGGUGACCAGAUCCAGGGCUAAGAAAUCUAUAAAGUUUUAA